UUGUUUCUUUUAUUAUAUUUCAUUUAUAGCUUUACUGUCUUUUACAUUCGAUAAAGCAAAGUAUAAUGUACAUCUCAUAAACAAGCAAUUCUUCUAUUGUUUGUUCUAGAAUAUGAAACAGCGCAGAAAUGACUCCUCCUAAUUCCCUUUAUAAAGCAAAGCGAAAACCAAAAGUUUGUCAGUCUUGAUUUUGUUCUCAUCCUUGUGAUUCCCUUCAAGUUACCUUUGUGCCUUUUGUGUUUUCCCCAACCAUCCUCAACGUUUAGUUUUGUGUCUCUCCCCUUUCUUUGUGUCUCUCUCUUUACUUGUGUGUCUCUCUCUCUUUACUUGUGUCUCUCUCUCUCUCUUUACUUGUGUCUCUCUCUUUAUUUGUGUCUCUCUCUUUAUUUGUGUCUCUCUCUUUAUUUGUGUCUCUCUCUCUUUAUUUGUGUCUCUCUCUCUCUUUACCUGUGUCUCUCUCUCUCUCUUUACUUGUGUCUCUCUCUCUUUACUUGUGCCUCUCUCUUUCCUUGUGAUUAACCUCUCUUGCUCUUUCCACCCUGUGAUUUCUAUCUGCUUCGGUUACUUUCAGUGUUAAUCACAGCCUUUAUUUUUGGAUUCCAUUUUAUACAGUUAUCGGUAAGUCAACAACUAUCUAGUAUAAAAUUCAUGCUAUUUAUCAUCGCUAUUAACAUUAGUUUAUUUCAUCCCUUUUUUGUUUUCAUCGAUAAUAUUCACACGCUCGUUUCAUCACCUUAAGUUCAUAGUAAUGGCUCACAAAUUUACUUAUCCAUCAAAUUAUGAUGAACUUUUACUUGACGCUCAUCUAGCUAACCGAGAAGAUGACGAAAUUUGUGCCAACAUAGAGCUUCCAGAGGAUAUUCUUAUGAUAGACGAUGAAGCUGAUCAGCUCUGCCGUGAGGCUGAAUACCGCCCUCUUUCGGAUAUUCAUGCAUCAUCGCCAAGUGAAAGAACAACUCCAGAUUUAGUUAUCGACGAAAUUAUCUAUCCUGAUCCUGAAUCCUUAACAGAAACACCGAUUGCUCUUGACAGUUACUCUCUUGAUGAUUCACGCACCAUAACCAUAUCAGCACCAUCUUCACCAUGUUUCUCCAUAAAUUCACAAGAAAGUGAUGCUGAAAAUCAAAUUGGAUUUGGUAUAGAACCUGAAAUCGAAUUCGAAGUGCAGUUAACAUUGGAAACGCUUUUGAAUGAUACCGAAGGCUGGAUGAACCAGGAGGCGCAGCUAUCGUCAGUUUUGGUAUAA